CUCGUCGAGAUUGGCAGCCUGUUAGCCAUGCCAAGACCCGCCCUUAUGACCCAUGUCAUUGGUUAAAUCUGUCUUAAUACGUAAAGCUAGCAGUAGAAAUGCCACCUCAUUUUCUCAAAAACUGAAAUGAUGGUUUACGUUAAAUAAAGUAAGAACUAUGUUUACUAGUGACUGGAUUAGUGCUCAGGAUGGACUGGUACCAAAAUUCUAGGAUGGCGAGGGUUCGGAUCUAUUUUACAUGUGUGAUACAUGAGAAAGGAUAACGAUGUAACAGGACCGGGAGCUAUUUAUGUAAACUUACAUUACAUUUAUUAUAAAUCAUAUAGGUGCUAACAAUUAGAAAUUAAUAGAAAAUAUACAAAGAUUUUUUUCAUACUGUGCUUUAACCAUUUUUACUGGAGUUUAUAGUGCUAUUACCUGGUGCAUUUCUGCGUUUUAUCAAGUUUAUCCCGGAUUGUGACUUUGGAUAAAAGUGUUUCCGCCGAUGAUUCCAGGAUACCCAGGAACCAAUGGAUUGUACGGUAUGGGAGUCCCACGGAUCGUCUGUCUGUGUGUCCUUGUGCUCUUUACUGUAGCACAGACUCAUGCCACGUGGUGGUUUAUCAGCCAGUUGCCCCUCCACGCCGUUGGGGCGGGGGUACUGUGUGACAACAUUCCAGGACUGGUGGGCAAACAGCGGCGCAUGUGCAGAGAGCACCCUAGGCUGAUGGUCAGUUUAGGGGAGGGAGCACGUAUGGGAGUAAAAGAGUGUCAAAACCAGUUCCGGUACCACAGAUGGAAUUGUUCUACACUUGACCGGGAUGCGUCUGUCUUCGGCAAAAUCAUGUUGAAAGGUACACGUGAGGCUUCGUUCGUGUAUUCCAUAUCAUCAGCCGGUGUCGUUCAUGCCAUCACACGCGCGUGCAGCAAGGGGGAGCUGAACCAGUGUGGUUGUGACCCCAACAAAAGUGGCCACAGCGCAGACCGGAAGGGUCCCUUCGAGUGGGGCGGAUGUAGUGACAACGUCCGGUGGGGGAGUUACUUCUCCCGGAUGUUCAUCGACGCCAGGGAAAAGAAAAUCAAAGAUUCCCGUGCUUUGAUGAAUCUCCAUAACAACCGAUCCGGACGACGGGCGGUGAAGCGGUUCAUGAAGCUAGAGUGUAAGUGUCAUGGCGUCAGCGGCGCGUGCACGGUCCGCACGUGCUGGCUGGCCAUGCAACAGUUUAAGCGUGUUGGAGAAUAUCUAAAAAUGAAAUACAACGGGGCCACACAGGUGAUGAUCAAUCAAGAAGGAAGUGGACUUAUUGUAGCUAACCGGAACCACAAACGCCCGACCCGGAAGGACCUGGUAUACCUAGAGGAGUCCCCAGAUUAUUGUUUUACAGACUCCGGCAUGGGGUCAUUCGGUACGGCUGGGCGAGCUUGUAACAAGACGUCGAUGGGGACGGACGGAUGUGACAUCAUGUGUUGUGGGCGUGGCUAUGACACAAAAACCGCCAUCUUGGUUGAGAAAUGCGAGUGUAAAUUUCACUGGUGUUGCCACGUGAAAUGUAAGGAAUGUCGACGUUGGGUUGAUAUUCAUACGUGUAAAGGGCCAAAUCCCGUUAUAUCUCGUCCUGCACACAGUCGCUCAUGGCGCCGAUACAAAUAACUACUUCCGGUCUGUGACUUCCUGUUUAUGAAAACUUUUGGAGUUGUGCAGUUAUAUGUUCUAGAAAUGACUGACUUAUAAAGGUUAGUCUUCUUUUGUUCAUCAAACUCUCGACGUGAAAUGUAAGGAAUGUCGACCCAACAAAAUGUCAGUGGAUGGUGAUCUCUGAUUGGUUGAGAUAAUUUACAUUGGCAAACCAGUGGGGCGAUUUUCGAACCGGAUUUCCAUGGAAUGUGUAUUUGUUACAUUCAGGACCAAUAGACACGGAUCAUAUUUAAAAAUGAUACCCUAUAGGUUGUUUUUUCUCUCGCCUAUGCGUGUCUUAGGUGAACCUGUCCACACCUGUUAUCGUUUCUGAUAAUACCAUUUUAUGUUUUAAGUGUAAAAAUAUCGUUAAUGGGAUUUUUCAUUUAUCCAUUUACAACGAAAUUUCGUACUUUUAUACAAAAAGUAACAUGUGAACUAUUUCACAUGAUAGAUGAUCUAGUUUAAGGUAAACAGUGAAGAAAUUAAUGUAAAUAGAUAUAAAUAUAUUACGGUGUCAGAGAAAAGAAUUAGCAAAAUUUACUGAAGUUAUAGUUUUGUACCUCAUUGGUCAUAUCGACCUCAUCCAUUAUUUAUUUCCAUUGUUGGACUACGUCAUUACAACCGAAGAGUGUCACGCGCCCACGUGAUGCGUUUAGUUAACGCCCAAUUUCCAAGAAUCUUAUCGAAAUCAAAAAUUAUAAUUCCUGAUGAUUCUAUUGAUUACGGUUAAAUGCAUUCGGCCUUUCCAGUCUAAAUUCCUGUGAUACUGGGAAAAGUAACAAGCUACAAGCUCUGUACAAUGUGUACACUCUGAUACGUGUUAUAUUUACUCAUUUCGCCGAAUUAACUCAUAUCAGACGAAAUCAAUGCAUGUCAGACGAAGCCGUUGUUUCGUAGUAACUCUUGUCGAACAAAGCCGUCGUUUCGUAUUCACUAAUUUCGCUUGAAGCCUUCACUUUGGGAUGAUGCUGUGGUAAUAUUUACUUGUUAAUGUUUAUGAUUGCAUUUUAUUCAAUACUUUCGGUACAAUUUCAUGAAAAGCAAGUUCAAUCAAUUGAACGGAAACACUAUAGUUGUCCACGGGACUAUAACAAUAAAAAGCAUCUGUUUCCAUUUGGCGAUACCUUGUUUGCCGAAGUCAUUAGAAUGGAAUUUUUCCAGAUAGUGUAAGGCUGUAAACACUCUUGUUAUAAUACUUCUAACGGCUAAAAUUGCUCCGGCAACUUAAGACGGCAUUACUCGGCAGAAAGGGAAUAUACACAGUGGCAGAAUAGAUUGUUAAAAAAAUAUAUAAGAACUAAACAAACAUAACAAAUUAUCAUUUAUCAUAUACUAUAACAUAAAUCUACAUGUUUAAAUCUUAGAAAGAACUUAAAAUCAAGACUAUUGACCAUUUUUAUUUUGUUCUCUUGUGUUGAGCUGCUGACACUUUUCUUUAUUUCAAACAUGCUGCUUUAUUUUAUUUUAUUUCACAUGACAGUGUGUACAUUUCAUUCAUAAUAUAUAUAAAUAAAUGAUAAUUUUGACAUUUUGCCGGUAUUUGUAUUAGUAUUACACAUAAGCUUUCUUAUGUUUUUUCCCGUUAAUAAUUUAUUUGGAUAGAGCUAAACAAAUAAGUGUUUUUUUUUAAAAGUUGGCUCUAAGUUAUUUUGUAGCAGUUUAAACGACUACAUGUAUCUAGCUCUUCUAUAUAUCCCACUCGAAGUCGUACGGCCAUUUUCGGGGCCAUUUUUCAUAAAACAUUUCUGACUGUAUUGAGAUUAGUUUCCAUCAAAUACAGAAACCUUAAUGUCGUCUGCUUUCAUCGCGGCCGCCAUUUUGUUACUGUAAAACGAAAGACAAUUUAAAAAAACACACAAGAAAAAGUGUUGUUCAAAAAAAUACAAACGGGAUUUCAUUUAUGUCCUUAUACCAAAGUGGAGAAGCAGACUGCAUCAUCAUGUAUGUGGCUCAAAGACAUUGCCCUGUUAGCAUUUAUAACUGUGUUUCGUUAUUCUGUUCUAUCAGGUUAACAAAGCGAAAGCAAGGGAAUCUUCCUAUGUCUCGUGUUUAACAUUCAAUUUGGUAUUUUCUAUUCAAAUAAAAUACUAGCAGAAUAGCAAAUUCCGGUGUUGGUACAUCUAUGCAUCGUGAUAAAAAAGUACUUUGUCAGCAGAUGCCGGCCAUUUUUCGACAGAGAGGUAUGAACUACCUCUUAAAGACGUGAGAACAUAUUCCGCAUUGUGAUAUUAUUUGUGAUUUUGUUUAUUUGUUUAAUAUUUGUAUAUAUUUGAUAAUAAAUUUGCUUGAA